UCAGGAUCUGUCAUGGUGUCGGUGGACCUUUACUGAUGGCAUUUUGAAAUGAAAUAACAGAAGACAUCUAGGAAAGGGUAAUUAUUCUAUCUUUCUCGACAAGAUUGCAUCAAAAAAGCCGAUCAUGUUGCGAUGGAUUCUUGGUGGUCGUGAAGCACAGGGUGUAGUGGAGAAAAACUCCGUGCUGUUCAGUGGGGAAGAACAACCCAGAAACUGUUUCACGGAGCUGCAGGUCUUGAAAGGACACUUUGACAUUGUUAGAUAUGUGGUGCAAAUUGAUGAUAUCAGAUUUGCAUCUGCCGGAGAUGAUGGUCUGGUGUUGGUGUGGAAUGUGGAGACAGGAGAGCGACUGCUGGAGCUGAGAGGGCACACUCAGCAAAUCACUGCAAUGGUGACAUACACCAUCUCCCAAGAGGAAGCAACACACACGUUUCUUAUCACAGCCUCAUCUGACCGAUCAGUCAGUCGUUGGGAUCCAGACACUGGACAUCGUGUUCAGACAGUAUCUGACCUACAGUCUUCAAUCAAGUGCCUCUUGGUGCUGGAGUGGAACAACAUGUGGCUCUCUGGAGGAAAUGACUUGUGUGUUUGGAAUAAAGGUUUCCAGCUGCUUAGUAAGACCGAACAUCACAGCGACACAGGAGUCACUGCCAUGGUGGAGCUGCCCAGGAACUAUGUAGCAGCUGCAGUCGAUAGGGAGAUAAUCAUUUAUGAACUCAAGGCUUCAUCCACAGGGUCAGAUGUGUCAAUCACAGCAUUCCGACACUUGGCCAACCAUCAGGACAGCAUCAGAGCCCUUAUCAAUGUCAGUGAUAAGCUAUUUGCUAGUGGCUCUCAUAUGGGUGAACUCAUCAUAUGGGAUUCUAUUGAAUGGACCAUUCAUGCUGAUGAAGUGAUUGUUUUGGAGGAAUUUCAUUACGAUGGGCCAGAGAUCAGGCUGGGCUCCCAGAAACAGAGUGACAUGUCCAUCCAGCAACUUGUGUCUGAUGGAGAGCUUGUUGUUGCAGCAGUGGGUAGCGCACUUUAUGUUUAUGAUAUCCAAAAAAAGUGUGUAGUGGCAUACAGAAAGGUGGCCCAUGAUUCUGACAUCUUACACAUUAAGCUGCUAUCUCCAAGCAAGCUGAUAUCUUGCUCAGAAGAUGGAAAUGUGAAGAUAUGGGAACUUCAGGACCUCCCACUCGCCGCAGAGCCUGCCUCAGCAGGCUUCUUUGGAAUGUGGUCCUUCGGCCGGUCCAACAAGCAAGGUCCAUCUCCAAAAAAGGUUCUGGAAGACCCAGGCCUCAAGACCCUGGAGUUCAUGGGUGAUUUAAUAGGCCAUUCUGGAGCUGUGCAGAUGUUUCUGAACUUUGGCAAGAGAGGCUUGGUGACAUGCUCCUCUGACCACUUGCUGAUCAUUUGGAGGGAUGGGGAAAUGCAGUCCCACUUGCGUAGUCUGGAGCUAUUCCAGAAACUAGAAGAUAAUCAGGGUCUGUAUUAAAUAGAAUUUCACAGACCACAACCAGCUCUCAUAGUCUUGACCUUAUCAGCAUAAAUCACUCCCUAGAUUAAUGUGCGCUCUCUUUGCAAAGAGACAAAUUUGGUUAGCCUAUGCCAUGCAUUUUUCAUUUCUUUAUGGACAUAUUUUAUUAUAUUAUUUGGUUUUACUUGUGUGUUGUAUGCAGUGCCAUAAAUAUACAAACAUGCAGAAAUUAAUUUAUGAAAUGUUGGUAAUUGUGAUUUGUGCCUGAAGUUCAUUUGAAUAUUGUAAAUCAGUCUGAUGUUAUGGUAAAAUAUAAUGAUCGUCUGUAUGCAUUUUAUUAACUGUUGAAUCUAGAACUGAGUUGUGUUUAGAUGGAUUGCAUUGUCUUCUCUAUUGAAUGAAUGUUUAAAUGAAUGUAUUAAAUCUUAUAAUCAAAAUGGUAUUAAAACAAUGAGAUGCUACA